AUGGCGACAUAUACCCUCACGACCAUGAGGUCUCCGAAUCCCGCCCUUCCUUUAACGCGAAACGAGUUUGUCGACGCCCGAAACAAGCAGGACAAGCAGCUGAACGACGAGUUCCGCUCUAUUCGCACAACAGUCACUUCGCUAACGAGCACCGUCACGUCGCUUACUCUCGAAGUCAAGCGACUGGAUGCCUACACUCGAAACAAUAACCUCCAAAACCCAACUCUUCCCAUAAUCCCCGUCCCCCGAUGGGACGAAGACCUCGGAAUCGACUUCCCUCCGAGGAACAUCUUCCCCCGCCACGCCAAGCAACUCUACGCCCUGCGACGCCUCUCUGGUUGCAGCGAGACUACCGCGCGGCGAAGAAAGGAUAUGCUCGCCAGCCUCGUCAAGUUCUACGACGUCGAAUACGCUGCAUGGGAACUCGAAGGACAAGAUGAUUACGACUACAACGCAUACGAUUCCGACUCCGAUUCAGAAGUCGACGCCGAUUCAGACCACGCGAGGAGACCCCCACCUGCGUUGACCCUCGAGGACGCUGUCUACAAACAUCCCGACCGCGCCGUCGAGGCCCUGGAGAGGAUUCUUGGCCUCAAUGAAGAGAACUUCAUCAACUUCCGUGAACGCGCAGCGGCUCUCCGACACAUUUCCCCGGCGCAACCCGCCAAGCGUGAAUACGCGCCCUAUCGCGUUGACCACGAGAGGACGACACCACCAUCGAAACGUGUAACGAGGCCGAUCGUUGGCAGGGCGCCACAGAAAACCAUUGUCGAGGAGCUCUACCCCGAGGAAGACGAUGGAGCGGGCGCAGGUGAAGAGGAGGGAAGCGGGCACACCAAGAUUACCUGGGCCGAUUCAGGGAAGCUGCGGAAACAGCAGAAGACAAGGGAACUACAAGAGGCUGCUCGUGACGCGAUUUCUAAUGACGGGAGCUCGACGAAUGCAGAGACACUGUCGAGGGAACUGAACUCGCCGCGUCGUCCUCGAUCCCCUGUCUGA